GAAACUAGGAAAUAAAUAAUCGAGGUUCUUUCGUACUCGUAUAUCAUUCACUGACAGGCCUAUGUUCUAUAUAUAUAGCUCACUCGUAUUGGGGAAUCGCCGGCCCAUAUCCCGCACCCUGAUCAUGGCACCCAUGCGUACGACCUGCUUCCUCCAUCACACACUUACAACAUACAAGGUUCACUUGUCUACGUCCAUUAUUCCAUUUCCCGCAGCGUCAGCUGCGUCAAGGCUCGUGAGUGUGCCCAGCCUUGCGCAGCAGACAGUCAUCCUCUGGUUCCAUUUUUAGGACCGGGCAUGUCUACAGGGUCUUCUUAUUCGUGGUUCACAAGCCUGCCGCCAUUGGUCAUAACUCACCUGGUUUUCUCCCGACUGGUCCAUGGACUCGAUGUCAGCAUACACACUUUACAGCGUUAGCUGUCAUAACCAAUGGGGAACCCAAGCGACCCCAUUAGCAUGAUGGACAGCGCUCGACCACCGCUAAUGAGCGCUAGCAUGCUAGCCACCUACACCGGAGGAUUCCACAAAUGCGCGCGCAGCCAAGGCAUGGCCGAGGUCAAACAUAGGUCAUCGCAAGGCCGGUUAUACCGCAGUACGCAUGGCCCUGUACCUUCAUGUACGUACGUACGCUCCUUGACACUGUGUCACGAGCUCCCACCGCGCAAUUCGCUUGUGCUUUGCGCUCGUCCAUUUCAUCCCAGUUCCUGGACACGUUAG